AUGACAACCUCGACCCCCGCUACCCUCCUCCCGAAAGACGACGGCGCGUUCGCGUACCGCGGCGUGAUGCUCGACGUCGCCCGCCAUUUCGUGCCGCUCGCCGAGAUCCGGCGCCUGCUCGACGGCAUGCAGCUGCUCAAGCUCAACGUGCUGCACAUCCACCUGACCGACGACCAGGGGUGGCGCUUCGAGUCGCUCAAGUGGCCCAAGCUGACGACUGUCGGGGGCACGCGCAGCCAGACAGUCGUCGGCCUGCCGGGCAACUACGGCAGCGAGGACCUGCACCCGGAGAACUACAAGAACGUGUACGACGGCAAGCCGCACUCUGGCUUCUACACGCAGGCCGAGCUGCGCGAGCUCGUCGCGCACGCCAAGACGAAGGGCGUGACGAUCGUCCCCGAGAUCGACAUGCCGGGCCACAUGCGCGCCGCGCGCGCGGCGUACCCCGAGCUCGGGUACGACGGCGUGCAGUGGGGCGUCGGGACUGGGUGGGGCGUGUACCGUGAAGUCCUGCGCGUCGACGAGCCCGGCCUCCAGUUCUGCCGCGACAUCCUCGGCGAGGUGUGCGACGUGUUCGACUCGCCGUACAUCCAUAUCGGCGGCGACGAGUGCCCCAAGAUCGAGUGGAUCGACUCGCACGUCGCCAACAAGCAGGUCAAGGAGCUCGGGCUCGACGAGAAGAAUAUCGAGGAGUACGACAAGCUCCAGCGGUGGUUCACCGCGCAGAUGGCGACGUUCCUCGCCUCGCGCGGGCGCAAGCUGCUGGGCUGGGACGAGAUCAUCGACGGCGGCGUGCCCGGCGACUGUGUGGUCAUGGCGUGGCGCAGCUGGACCAAGCCGGCCGAGCGCGCAGUCAAGCUCAACGUGCCGAUCGUGCAGGCGCCCACCACGCUGUACUUUGACCACGCGCACGGCGCGGCCGCCAACGAGCCGCUGUCGAUCGGCGACGGCGCGACCCUGCAAGAGGCGUACGAGUACGACCCGCUCGCGGGCGUCGAGGACAAGCCCGAGCUCGUGCUCGGCCUCCAGGCGCAGCUGUGGUCCGAGUACAUCCCCACGACCGAGCACCUGUGGUACAUGGCCUUUCCGCGCCUCAUCGCCGUCGCAGACAUCGGGUACUACGGCGCUAAGCGCGCGCCGUGGGCAGAGUUCCGCGCCGGCCUGGAGGAACGCGUCAAGGCGCUCGCGGCGCUCGGGCUCGUCGGGCGCCCGCUGGACAAGGAGUAG